ACCAGACGAACACAAAAGCCGCCACAGCCCACCUGGAAGCAUCUGGAGCCGUGGCACAGCAGCCGCAGCCGUCGCCAGCCAUCAGCGAGCUGCUCCCCACCCGGCGGCGAAAGCACACGAGAGACGGCGAGCGAGAUCGAGGGCGCCGCCGAUGGACCCGCCCGACGUCGAGAUGGAGCCCGCGCCCGAGGCCCCGGCCCAGCAUCCGGUUCCGGCUCCGGCGCCGGCAGCGGCUGGAGAGGGGUGGAGCAUGCUGUCCCGCGCCCGUGCGCUGCUCGAGGAGGGCAAACCGUCCCUCGCGCUGCAGGCGGUUCUCCUAGCCAUAAGAUCACAAGGUGGUGAACAAGCUCUCAUCCAGACUAUGAACCGUGCGCGGGAACUCUACGCACAGAGAUUGCAGGCCAGUCCUAGUGUUGAUGAGCUUGCCUCUUUGCUUGCCCAAUGUGCCAUAGCAGAGGCACAGUCAACAAAUGCUAACCCACGACAAGGACCUGGGUCAGACCCUGUCGAUAUGCUGAAUUCUGAUGAGACCUGCAUUCUUUCCGUGAGUGGAAGGAAGCAGAUCAUCCUGGAUGCAUUUGCCGAUGGAAGCAGCUUCAUUUGCCUGAAAUGUGGUGGGCUCUAUAGCACAUCUCGCAAGGAUGAGCACUUGGCCUACUGGUGCGGUACUGCAUGAUCCUGCUGACAUCUUGCUGUAUUAUAUCUUUGGUCACACCUGGCGAUGAUCAUGAUACCCGUGAGAUUUUGUAAAAACUUGGUUCUCUUCCGAGUAUCGCUUCUUUACUGCAGGGAUGCCAGAGAUGCAUCUUCUGUUCGUUGAAGCUAAUGCAUUGCCAACGCCUAACGGCAAAUGUUAUGAACUAUAAGUUUCCAUCUCAAUCCCCUGUAUUGUGUUUGUGCUUUUCUGCUGAUGGAAAUUGGAAAUUGUUGAGAUGUUUGGCUUGGUCAUCAAAUUCCAAUA